GGCUACGCGGGACCAUGCGGGUUUGAUGAUGAACAGUUCCAGAGAGUGACGAUUGAACGGCAGAACCAUGGCCCGGAAGGAUGAUUGCGCAUGGCGGAUAGGUGGACAGGAACGGUGGUGGGUGGUGCUGGUACAGCAGGUCGGAGGACAACCAGACUUUGCACCGCAAUCACACUCUUGCCUCAUCGCGCUUUCCUCCUCAUUCGCACCGUCAUGCGCAAUACUACGUCUCCUCGAUUUCCGACCUCAUUCCAACAUCCAUGCGAUAGGCACAAGAGGACGGCGAGGUUUAUGGGCGGUGAGAACAACCAUGCGAGAGUUCCGUACUAUAAAACCCUCCUACAACAGACAUCGGCAUAUCUCUCGUCGGAACGGGUCGACGACUCCGUUGACGGUGACGAUGACAUAGGAAUUGGCGAGCUCAAGGGAUAUGUGGCGGAGUGGAUAAACGACGGUUGUGGUCGCACUCCAAACCCUGACAUAUGUAUGUUCACUCGCUCAUCACUGCAAGGUGACAUGAACAGGCAGGUCGAAAACGCGGUAGGUACCGAAGUAGUUCUGUAUCGGGUUUAUGCGCUAGGUUGUUCGUCAAAAUGGUCGGUACCGGACCGUUGCUACUCUCGAGUAUCCAUUCGGGCUGUGUCAUGGUCCCCAGGAACGGAUGUGGGUGUGUGGCUGCAUCUUCCGGUUCUUGCACGCGCACCCGGUACUGGGAUAGAUCGGGUCUGACCCGAUAUUGGCCAUGAUGACGGCAAGGGUCUUCACCUGGCUUUUCUGAGGUCCGAGGGCCCGUCAGUUUUCUACCACGCACGCUUAUUAAAACGUUUGUUUCGCGCCUCGAGUCUUUGACGCAAAUCAACGGCUGAGGGUAAGACUCUCUGCGUCCCAGAGGCUGCACAAGUUCAGCCACUGGGACUCAUCCGCUGCCCCAUUUUUCGAGUUGAGCACAGCGUGUUCAGAGCUUCACC